CCCCAUAUCUCUCUCCAUCUCUCUCCAUCUCUCUCUCUCUUAAGGCAUCGUUCCCUCCAAAUCUUUGCAGAUCGAGUCCACUCGCAGAUUCCCCACAGACCCAUCUUCCAUUCAUCAGAAUGGUUGCGACAGCUUUUCGCCCUCCUGUUGGAAUCUUUCACCUCCAUUGUUCUGUUGGUGAGACUGGCUCUGCCAGAAAUUGUAGGCAGUCAUCUUUCAGAUUUAUCUCCAAAAAUUUUGCGGUCGAUGUUCGCCUGCUUAGAAAAGAACAUUGUAGCUCUAGACAGUGUAAACUGCACGUAGUUUGUUCAUCGUCUUCCCAAGCUUCGACAACUGAUCCAAUUUUGUCUACCUCGCAAGGUGAAAGUUCUUUGGUCUUAAUUCGUCAUGGCGAAUCAUUGUGGAAUGAGAAGAACUUGUUCACCGGUUGUGUUGAUGUGCCUUUAACCAAGAGAGGUGUUGAUGAAGCAAUAGAAGCUGGUAAGAGAAUUAGCAACAUCCCUGUAGAUACGAUUUACACAUCUUUGCUAAUUCGUGCACAGAUGACGGCUAUGCUUGCCAUGACUCAACACCGCCGGAAGAAGGUGCCAAUCAUUGUGCAUAACGAGAGUAGACAGGCAGAAACAUGGAGUCAAAUUUACAGUGGAGAUACUAAAAAGCAAUCAAUUCCAGUUAUAACUGCUUGGCAAUUAAACGAAAGAAUGUAUGGUGAAUUACAAGGUCUUAAUAAGCUGGAGACAUCUGAGAGAUAUGGAAAAGAGAAAGUGCAUGAGUGGCGUCGGAGUUAUGAUAUUCCUCCCCCCAGUGGUGAGAGUUUGGAAAUGUGUUCUCAAAGAGCUGUAGCCUAUUUUAGAGAACAGAUUGAACCACAACUACAAUCUGGAAAGAACGUUCUGGUUGCUGCCCACGGAAAUUCAUUGAGGUCUAUUAUUAUGUAUCUCGAGAGACUAACUUCUCAAGAGGUUAUUAGGUUAGAGUUAUCAACCGGAGUACCACUGCUUUAUAUUUAUAAGGAGGGAGAGUUUAUGAGGAGGGGAAGUCCAGUUGGACCUACAGAACCUGGUGUUUAUGCGUAUACUAAGAGUUUAGCACUUUACAGGCAAGAAUUGGAUAAAAGGUUGCCUUGAACUCUAUAAAAGCAGGGGACGACUUAUUUUUACCUGUUCGGGCUUUUCCAGAGUUUAUUUCUAAGCUGCAGAUCUGCGGCUGCAAACGAAAAUGCAACACAUAGUUGUAGAACACAGGCCUAACAUUGAAAGUUCUUAGACAAACCAGAUAAACAGAUGUAUACCAUUGAAGCCUGAAACUUAUAUACUCGAAUGUCGCGUGUUGAAAGGGUUACAAGGGACAUGUAAUUGCUAGUAUUUCUGAAGUUUUAGGCAGUGGUUGGCAACUUAGGCAUACAUGAAUUUGAAUCGCCUCUUAACCUUGGUUGAAUAGCAUGAUUAUCCACCUUGGCCUCACUGGGCUGAAGGUUGAACGGGGUAACCUAUAUUUUUAAGUUCUUACGUUUAAUUUCCAGAAGUCGAAGAGGAGCAGUUUUCGAUU